AUGCGUAACACGCGUAACACGUGUUGCGCGCUGAGGUACUUACAUGGGUUCAGUACUGGUCCCUACAGAAAGUGGUUGACAAUGGUAGAAUUCAAGGCCAGGUCUUCCACAGGCUUUGUCAGUGAGCCUUCAGAAGUAUAUGAAUGCAAAGAGAAUGGUCCUGAAGGCUGUACAGGGCCUGAGGAAGAGAGUGGAGGCAGAAAAAUGGAGAAUGAGUUGAAUGAAGAGAAAUCAUUCUAUCUUUCCACAGGAACAGUCUUCUUGGCUUCAACAAAGCCAUACCACAUUGCCUACUUACCCACAAUGAUGGUGCUAUCUUCAAAUAACAAGAGAAACUUUUGUAUCCUUCAAACAAACAAGAGAAGAGAGGUUGUUGUCAUGGUGGUUCUUUGUGGUGGAGAUUGGAGUUGGAGUUGA